AUGAAGUCAUAUUUUGGACUGAAAGGAUCCAGAUUGCGUAUCGCAGUCUGGAUGGAGGCUUGCUUUGCGGUCAUGAUUUUUGGCUAUAAUUCCGCAAGCGCUGGUGGUGUGCUUGGGUUGCCAGGUUUCAACGAGCAAUUCCCUGCUAUGGACACUACCAACGUGCCGGAGGACCGAAGGCAACAUAACUCUACAAUACAAGGCACGGUGGUUGCAUUGUUCACACUUCUUGGGGCCUUUGGGGCUUUAGCUUGCAUCAGCUUCGGAGACCGUCUGGGCCGAAAGCGAACUAUUUUCAUCGCCAGUGCUAUCCAAGCCGUCGGGGCUAUCCUGCAGGCGUCUUCCUUCCAGCUGGCUCAGUUCAUUGUCGCUCGUAUCAUUCUCGGGCUCGGCACCGGAGGCUUAGUCGCGACGAUUUCGUUAUGGCAAUCGGAGCUGGUCAAAGCAGAGAGCAGAGGUCGUCACGUUUCUGCAUUUGGUAUAUUCGCUGGCAUGGGCACCUCCGCUGCACUAUGGAUUAGCUUUGGCAUAUCCUUUGCCCCGGAAUCGUCGGUCAAAUGGAGAUUUCCACUCGCAUUCACAACGCUCCUCUCCGUCGUCGUCUGUGGGUUCAUUUUUCAUCUCCCGGAAAGCCCUCGCUGGCUUUGUAAGGUGGACCGGAUUGAGGAAGCGAGGGGCGUGCUGGCCGCUCUCUACGACGAAGAUACCCACUCCGAGUCAGUUGAUCAGAUCAUGCGAGACAUCCUACUCUCCCUCCAGAUGUCCGAGAACAAGAGCCUUCGGUCGCUGCUCGACAUGAAGCCACAACGAAAUCUCCAAAGGCUCCUCCUUGCUGGAACUGUCCAAAUGCUGCUGCAACUGACUGGCAUCAAUGCAAUCACCUAUUAUGCACCGACGAUCUACUCGAAGCAGCUUGGAUUUCCUCCCCGUCAGGCAUUUGUAUUGGCUGCUGCUUCUCAGGCAGUCUUCAUCAUUGGAUCUUUCGUGUGCGCUUAUACGGUCGACCGGUUCGGUCGCCGAAAGCUGCUGCUGUCUAGCUCGAUAGGGCUUACGAUUUGCAUGGCCUGCCUCACUGGUGUGGUCUCGAAUCCAAAUAACAACGCUGCUCUUCGGUCUGGGGUAUUCUUUUUGUAUCUUUUCUAUUUCGUGGCCUCUCUUGGCUAUCUUGGGCUCCCGUUUCUUUAUGCCAGUGAAUUGGCCCCAGUGCACCUCCGAGCCCCGGUGUGUGGGAUUUCUACGGCGGUAUCUUGGUUUUUCAACUUCCUGGUUGCAGAAAUCACCCCUGUCGCUAUCGAAAGUAUUGGCUAUCGGUACUUCAUUCUCUGGUGUGCAACAAACGCAGCCGCCAUUCCUAUUGUCUACUUCUUCUUCCCUGAGACAGCGGGAAGAUCGUUGGAGGAGAUUGAAGAGAUAUUUAGAUCAUCCAAGACGGUUCUCGAAGCGGUUCAUCUGUCCAGGACGAUGCCGAGGCUCAGUCUGUCGGUUCUUCAUGAGGCGGCAAAGGAAACAAUGGAUAUCUCACCAAAGUCGGAGGAAUUGGAGUAG